AUGAGUGAGAAUAUGGGGAAAGUCUCAGAGAGAGAAGGCUUUAAGUACAAUUUCACAGCUGCGACUACAAGUGACAGUUCUGCGCAAGAUGGAGUGAUUAAAGAGCAAGAUCGGUUGCUUCCAAUAGCUAAUGUGGGGAGGAUCAUGAAGCAAAUCCUCCCUCCAAACGCUAAAAUCUCAAAGGAAGCUAAAGAAACCAUGCAAGAAUGUGUGUCUGAGUUCAUUAGCUUUGUCACCGGUGAAGCCUCUGACAAGUGUCACAAGGAGAAGCGCAAGACAGUGAAUGGAGAUGAUAUUUGCUGGGCCUUGGCUACCCUAGGGUUUGAUGACUACGCUGAGCCUCUUAAAAGGUAUUUGCAUAAGUAUAGGGAAUUGGAAGGGGAGAGAGCCAAUCAAAAUAAAGCUAACAACACUUAUCAAACCAUAUAA